GACUUUAAAUAGCAUUAAACAGAUCAAACAGGAAUGGAGUUGUCAGUGCGUGUUUUUCGGGGGUUGUUUUCACACCAUUUUUGUCUCUUUCUCUCUGGAAGUAAACAAGUAGUAUUCAGUUCGUUUAUUCAUCACUUGUAUCUAAUGAAAUUCAUGUUAUGCAAAAAUAACAAAUUCAUACCAUUACAUUGACCCCAGCAAAUAUGGAUGGAAAAUUCCCACCUUUUUUUUUCAUUCUUGAACAGUCCCACUCUAUCCGACCUAUUUCUUUGUGCUUUGUAUGGCCUUCCUGAACGAAAAAUCAGCUCUCCCAGACCACUAAAUCACCUAGGCUCGAUUUCCAGCCGCUUUAAGAACCCGCGGAAAACGGCAGGAAAUCCAGUCUAUAAAUCUGCUAGCCGCGUUUAGUCACGGGAGCGCAUUUUGGACCUAUUUUAAUUUUUAUUUUUGAGAGCUUAGGCAAAACGCAUAGACAAGCGCAUAGCCGAAUAUUUCUCAGUGAUUAUUUUUUUAUAAAGACAUAAUGUAGAGGAGCCGGCAGUUGGCCGUUUUUUGAAAUCCAGCUGAAGCACCUGUCGACCACCCUUUUGUCUUCAUAUUCCACGAGACCUAUAUAGUAGUCACGAAGAGCCUGGAUCGAGCACUGUUGUAAUGGUCGCUUUUAGCGUCGUUUGAAGCUUGUGAGUGUUUGGAACUCAUUUUUAUUGUCUAUUUUGCUUCUAAAGGAAUCCUGCAGUAAACUACUCAACUUGAGCUGGAAAAACAAAGGUUUGGUUUUAACUGAUAACAUGGAGAAAGACAUGGUACAGAACACAGUUUCCUCGCCUCAGAAACCUUUUAAAUGUAACCAGUGUAACAAAUGCUUUAAUCGGCAAGAGGAUCUGUUGCGACAUAGAACACAGAAGAAGCAUUUUGAAUACAACCAGUGGGAUGAAUGUUACAGUCAGGCACAGACUUUGGCAAUACAUGAAAGAAAACACACGGGUCAGGAGACUUAUCAAUGCAACCAUUGUGGCAAGUGCUUUAAUCAGGCUGUGAAUCUAAGGCAACAUGCGAGAUUACAUACUGGAGAGAAGCCCUUUGAAUGCAAGCAGUGUGGCAAGUGUUUUAACCUAGCAGGGAACCUGAAGCAACAUGCAAGAUUACAUACAGGAGAGAAGCCUUAUAAAUGCAACCAUUGUGGCAAAGGUUUUAGUCACGCAGGGAAUUUAAAGCAGCAUUUGAGAUUGCAUACAGGAGAAAAGCCUUUUGAAUGUAAACAUUGCGGCAAGUGCUUUGGUCAUGCGGGAACUCUAAAGCAACAUGCAAGAUCACAUACGGGAGAGAAACCUUAUGAAUGUAACCAGUGUGGCAAGUGUUUUGGUUGGGCGGGAGCACUGAGGCGGCAUUUGAAAUCGCAUACAGGAGAUAAGCCUUUUGAAUGUAAGUUAUGUGGCAAAUGUUUCAAUCAAACAGAAACUCUGAAGCAACAUCAAAGAAUACACACAGGCCAGAAGCCUUUUGAAUGCAGCCAUUGUGGGAAGUGCUUUAAUCGUGCAGGGAAUCUACUGUGUCAUAAAAGAACACACACCGGAGAGAAGCCUUAUGAAUGUAACCAGUGUGGCAAGUGUUUUAGUCAGGCAGGACACCUAAGGGAACAUGCCAGGUCACACACUGGAGAGAAGCCGUUUGAAUGUAACCUGUGUGGUAGAUGUUUUAGUCAGACAGGGACCCUAGCACAUCAUAAAAGAACACACAUGGAUCACAAGCCUUUUCAAUGCAACCAAUGUGGCAAGUCUUUUUAUCAGGCAGGAAAUCUAAAGCAACAUGUCAGAAUACAUACUGGGGAGAAGCCUUAUAAAUGCAACCAUUGUGGCAAGUGUUUCAGAAAUUCAGGGAAUUUCACGAGUCAUAAACGCACACACAACACUGUGGAGGCAAUUACAACUGAGAAGGAUGACAACUGCUUUCGUAUCUCAGAACUUUUAAGCACUAUUACAGUAAUCAAACAGGAGCAGUGAAACUUAUCAACUUGUUCUGAGGAUGAAUUUGGUGGAAGGCAACAAAUUCUCAAAGCAUCUAGUUUGAUAGCAAACUGAACAGUGUUUUAAUCAGGAAAAUUCCAGUGACAUGGAUUUACAGCAAUCCUCUUUUUUUCUGUCAGCCAUUUGAUAGCCUCUUGCACACAGACUGUUGGGCUCAUUCCAGGCUUGCUUCAUCCUCUCAUUGAGGAGGAAUAUUUGACAAGAUGACAGACCAUCUCUGUCGGAGGCUAGCCAUUUGUGAAAGCAAUACUGAUAUGUUGUUGACAUGUACUGCGUCAUAAUGGAUAAAUAGUUUCAGGUGGUACUGUAAGUUUAAUAUCCUUUAAGGGGGACCUGCAUGUCACAUCCCUUGGAAAUUAAUUUUGAGGUCUCUGUAGCAGAAUUAAAUGAGCCUUUCUAAGACCUCUGGACCAACUUGGUCAGAGGAUUACUUGACUCAUUGAACUUCAGUAAAUGCAGGAGACAAGGGAAACAUUUUUGUGGAGGGGGAGCAGGUUGGGGUGUAACAAUUCGUAUUCCUUGUGAUUUGAUUCAAUUGCGAUUAUUGCCUUUCAAUUUCAAUUACUGCAAAAUAUUAAUGUUUUUUAAUUCUUACAACAUGACACACAAUGUAAGCAACAUACAACCCUAGACCCUCAAUUGAGGAUGUACAAUAUAAUGAGUGUGUUGCACAUGAUUUGCCUUAUUUGGAAAUUCUCAAGGGGUGGUAGAAGGGCAACAUUUUUACCAUUUUUACUCAUCAAUCAAAAAUGCACCUUUUAAAGAGCUCUAAAUUCUGAUUUCACAAUAUAAUAACUCAUUGAGGGCACCCUGGUAAAGAUAUGCAAAAAAAUCCAACCAAAAUUGAGAUGUGGAAUCAGAGAAUCGUCUAUUGAACCGAACGGUCAUAAUCACGAUUGUAACUGUUACAUCACUAGGGGGAAGCAGGGGGGGGGGGGGGGAUGAAUAUUUAUUAUAACUGUAAGCAUGCAUAAUUGGACCAAGAUUGUUCCCAUGUAUAACUGUCUAUACAUCUUAUAAAAUACAUUGUAUUCUUGCCA